AUGGCUCGUUCCAGAGCUCCUUCGUCUUGCUUUGGAGCCAAAAAGCAAAGGUUGGAUGAGGAAUCAACAUCACGACCAUGCGUUCCUCAAGAAGAGUUUCCUCAUCUCACAUGUUCAGUCUCCUUGCUUUUGAAUUUUGAAGAGGGGAAAAACUAUCAGGACUGGCAGAUUGGUGUUCAUGGAAUUCGAAUUGAAUUUGUUAAUGAAAAGGGAUAUCAUCGCACUGCUACGUAUUUGCCUGAAGUUGCCUACAAACAAGGUUGGAAUCAUUGUGAAACCAUCGAUUCUCUUCUUCGAAAAGGUGGUUACCGUGGUAAUAUAAGUGAGGCAUUUCGACAAUCAAUUCGGCUUACUAGAUAUCGUAGCGAAAAAUAUAGUGUGCAUGCAUCAGAGUAUUUACGUGCUCGUCAGAAUGGUUAUCGCGUUUAA